GAUAACCUUCAGUGACGCGCAACUCAUUUGCACGAUCUAACAUCUUUAUUCAUAAAUAGCCCCCAUUCAGAUCUCUCUGACGUUCAUCUACCCUCUGACGAAACCUGCUCCUAUAAGAUUCACAGUAAGUUUGGCUGACUCGGAUUGUGCUGGACUGCUCUUCUCCUGAGGUGAUAGUUGGGCUCUUUUGUUUUGCACUGUUGGUGGCAGUUGAGUGGCUGGCGGCUAAUUCACAAAGGUCUCUUUUCGUUAGGUCUCAAUGAAUUUCGGUUCUUUAGAGAUACAAAGAGUUUAGCAGAGAGAAGAUGAACAUCCAUGUGGAGGGCUUGGUGGCGAUUGUCAUCUUCUACGUGCUGAUCCUGAUAGUGGGAAUCUGGGCAGCAUGGAAAAACAAGAAUUCCGGCGUGAUGGAGGGAGUUGAUCGCAGUGAGACCAUCAUGGUCGGCGGAAGGGAUAUUGGCUUAUUUGUCGGCGCGUUUACUAUGACUGCAACUUGGGUCGGAGGAGGUUAUAUCAACGGCACGGCAGAGAAUGUUUAUCUUCCCGGGUACGGCCUGGCAUGGGCACAGGCUCCCUUUGGAUAUGCGCUCAGCCUUGUUUUGGGUGGCCUUUUCUUUGCCAAACCCAUGCGCUCCCGGGGUUACGUCACCAUGCUUGACCCCUUCCAGCAAAUGUAUGGAAAAAGGAUGGGUGGUCUGCUAUUCAUCCCUGCACUAAUGGGGGAAAUGUUUUGGUCAGCCGCCAUCUUAUCUGCCCUUGGGGCCACACUGAGUGUGAUCAUUGACAUCAACAUCAAUAUGUCUGUGAUUAUUUCGGCUCUUAUUGCUAUUUUCUACACGCUGGUGGGAGGACUGUAUUCAGUGGCAUACACUGAUGUUGUCCAGCUCUUCUUCAUUUUUUUAGGACUGUGGGUGAGCGUCCCUUUUGCGCUCUCAAACCCAGCUGUUUCUGACAUCGGAGUGACAGCAGUGAAGCCGUUCAAUGCUAAUCAGACCGCAUGGCUUGGGAAGAUAGAAAGCGCUGACAAAUGGAUGUGGGCUGACAACUUCUGCCUUCUGAUGUUGGGGGGGAUUCCCUGGCAGGUGUAUUUUCAAAGGGUUCUUUCUGCCUCUUCAGCAACCUAUGCUCAAGUCCUCUCCUUCCUGGCUGCCUUUGGUUGUAUCAUCAUGGCUAUUCCCUCCGUCCUGAUCGGAGCCAUAGGGGCUUCCACAGAUUGGAACCAGACAACCUAUGGGCCAAUUCCUCCCAUGCAGAGGGACCAGUCUGACAUGAUCCUACCGAUCGUGCUACAGCAUCUGUGCCCGGCCUAUAUCUCCUUUUUUGGUCUGGGGGCAGUUUCUGCUGCAGUGAUGUCAUCCGCUGACUCAUCCAUCUUGUCGGCCAGCUCCAUGUUCGCUAGGAACAUCUACCAGCUCGCUUUCCGGCAAUCGGCUUCGGACCGUGAGAUCGUGUGGGUCAUGCGGAUCACUAUUUUUGUGUUUGGGGCUCUAGCGACAGGCAUGGCUCUCCUGACUGGGACCGUCUAUGGUUUAUGGUACCUGAGCUCUGACCUGGUCUAUGUCAUCAUCUUCCCGCAACUCCUGUGCGUUCUUUUCAUCCGUGGCACGAACACUUACGGCUCGGUGGCGGGAUACAUCUUUGGAAUGAUCUUGCGAAUUGGUGGAGGGGAACCAUAUCUUAAACUGCCUCCGUUCAUCUACUACCCCGGAUGGACCAUUGAGGAGAAGGUCCAUCAUGUGACCAAGGAGGUGGAAUACCUGGUGAUGCAGAGAUUUCCCUUUAAGACAGCUUCCAUGCUGGCCUCCUUCCUAAGCAAUGUGGCUUUCUCGUACCUGUUUAAGUACCUGUUUGAAAGUGGCACCUUUUCAGCUAAAUAUGAUUUCUUGGAUGCAGUGGUGGCCAAGCACAGUGCUGAAAUAAUGGACAAGACCACUCUGGUGAACAAGAACAUCAUUGGGCUGAAUGAAAUGACCCCGGUCAAGCCAAGACUUAGUGUUACUUUAGCUGCUACCUUCACCAGGAAGGAAACCCUGACAGAAGAGGAGGACUCCAGCCCAGAGUCACCGAGUCAUGAGAAUGAGUAGAGACCCUAUGUUCAAUCUUGAUGUGAAGUACAAGGCUUCACCCAAUAAGUAAAAAACUAUCAGAUUUUAAUAAUAUACUUAAUUCACUCCAAACACCUUCUCUGGAAUUUUCAUCUAUUCUUUCAAGAUGGGAAUGGGGAAGCAACUGAAAUUCAAUGCAAAUGGCAAAGAGAGAAGAAAGCAGCAGUGGUUUGAGUAAUAUUUGGAAAAAUUUGGACUUGAUGGUGUUAAUAACCCUGAGAAGCUCUUCGACUCCUGUCGGUAUGUACAAACCCUGAGUGACUCUCCUUUCCCUUCUAAAGAAAAUGUUGAGAUACCGUGAUAAUCCUUUGGAAAUAAUCAUAUUAAAAGGUUAGUUCACUCAAAGAUGGUCUAUCAUCAUUUGCUCAACCUGGAUGACUUCAUUUCUUCUGUAGAACAUAGAACAAAACGUCUCUUUUUUUCAUCCGCGCAGUCAAAGUCAAUACACUUCGGUGUUCUUAUUGACUUUCAUUGCAUGGACGAAAAAAGCAGCUGAAACAUUCUUCAAGCUACGAAUGAUGACAGAAUGUCAAUGUCUUGGUGAAUUAUCCGUUUAAUUUCCUAAACCUGGACAAAGAUCAGUCCAGAUUUGAAAAAAGAAAAAAGAAAAAAACACAAUGAUUAUAAUAUAUCCCAUUAUAGCUAUAUUAAUAAUUAAUAGAUGUAAGUUCAUGUGUCAUGUUAUUACUUACGUCCCAUGAUAGAUAUUAGUGCAGAUUAUCCUAUCGUCCUAUCAUAAAAAUAAAAUGUAGCUAAACGGUUAUAAGCUGUAUUCAUAAAUGUGUAAUCAUAUAACAAGUGAUGUGCUUCCCAUCUACAAACUACUUUUAACAACUGUGACAUGAGUGCACAUGUGGCAAAUUUCUUUUUCAUGUUCAUAUUGCAAUAUUAAGAAGAAGAAAAAAAACAAAGAACAUGGAAAAUAUACAGUAUAUAAUCUUGUAAUCACCAUAACUAGCUAAGAUGGGGGUGAUUGGACAUUAUGCAAACCCGGUUCGUCACUUUGUUGUACUUGAAAAUGAAUGUAGCUGCAACUGAUUUACCAGAUGUAACAAUCUCCGGGGUCUGUGCUGUGUUAUUUUUUUGUGAUUUGCUAAGUCAUACGUAUGUCAAACGAAGUCAUUGUACCUGGUUCCAGGAUGAGCCAGCUGCUGUGUUAUUUUGUUGGCUUUAGCGAUAAAGACAUUUGUGUGAUGUGUGUGUUUACAUUCCAAUGAAUAUAAUUGUCCAGUAUUCCACUAAAAUGUAAAGUGUCACUUUACAGUUCUGUAUAUAUAAAUAUAUGCAUAUAUAUUUAAAUGAGUUGGAGCCAGCUACACAAAUCUAUAUUUAUUUAUUAAGUGUGGCCUACAGAUUAAACAUAGGAUUAUUCAAAGAUAAUAAAUUUUAUUGUUAAGA